AUAACCACUAGUAUUAUUUGUUCCCAAGUUUGACACCAGCAAGGAAAGAUUUUCGUCUCGUGUUAAACCCCAAAUUUUUAGUGCAAAAAUGUUGAAUCCCACAAAAUUGUUGGCACGUAACGUUUCCAAGGCCUUGGUCAGACACCAUAGCCAUGGUGGUGUUCCCGGCGAGAAUUUGCCCUUCAGCUUGAACAACCGUUACAAGUUGACUGCAAUCUUCACCGUUUUCACUGCUUUGGGAUUCGGCUCACCUUUCCUGAUUGUCAGACAUCAACUCUUGAAAUCUUAAAAAUCUAAAUUUUAAGAUUUUACGAUUUGUUUCUAAGACAAAAAGUGAUGUCGAUUCAUUGCCUAAAAUUAUGGGAUGAACUAUAUAAGCUGUAAUAUUAAAUCAAAUGUACGAAAUAUAAAACAGACAAGUUAAAA